ACUGGCAGCUGGGUCAAGUGUAAGGUGAUGAAUAUCUCCGAAAAUAAUGUGUACUCGGUACGCUUCCUGGUCGGCAACAACAAGCAGACCGUUCUGAGUGCGAAACAUCUCGCCUACACGGAGAUUCCAUGGGUGAAGCUAAAGUUGGGCACGCGUGUGAUUGCCAAAGUAUGCUCUACCACUGGGGAAGCGGCCAGUCGAGCAUUCUACGCCGGUACGGUGCUGGAAUCAAUCAGCUCUUACAACAAAUUCCGGUAUCUCAUCAUCUUCGACUCGGGUCACACACUGUACGCACCGCUACAGGAAGUUCGGGUCGUUUGCGAAGAGUCCAAACACGUGUGGGACGAUGUGCACCCGCAUUCGAAAGAAUUCAUCCGCAACUACAUGCAAACGUGCGGAUCGAUGCGACCGAUGGUACAGGCACAACCUGGCCAACGCCUAAUGGUGGAAAUCAACCAGAAGUGGUACCAGGGCAAAGUGAUCGAAACGGACAGCAGUUUGUUUAAGCUGUACUUCCAGGAGAUUAACCGAUACGAAUGGAUUUACCGCGGUUCGAAACGACUCGCGCCGUUGUAUUCGCGUGGCACGCCAAACAACAAGUUUUCCAAGUUCCAGCGUCGCAAUGAGCCUUCCAUCGAGUACAUUACGAUUGAGGACGAUAGUGCGAAAGCGCCGGCACAGCAGGACAAACCCCAGCCAUCGCAAUCCGGCGCCAAACAGGAAUCGCAAGAUACGCAAGUUCGUGCGACCGCUAAAAAGAGCACGGCGCAUCGCCACAGCAACAGUGGCAAUAAAAACGCCAAUGCUAAUGGUACGGCCACCACCACCACCACAACAACAACAACGUCCCGGGCGUCAUCUCCUUGAACCGGAACACCAUCUACAUCGAUUUCGACAAGAACCGUUCCACCGGGAAAACGC